AUGGCUGUUGUUCUUGUUGCUCCGAAACGACCCUUCCUUACUCUCCCAUUUCUCCUACCAUCGCUAUCCGAGUCUGUUUCCAUAGAAUCGCGGCGGAAUCAAUCCUCCUACAGGCGUACGAAACAGCGCCUACGUGUUAAACCAGAUGCUUCGUUUGGUGCGUCGUCAGAUCAAUUCCAAGAACAAAUCAUCUACAAUCCCCCUUCAAGCGCACCUUCUGUGUAUCACACGCCAACAAAAUUUCUGCCCGCCGACGACAUUCGAAGAGGCCUACGUACAGAUGCUUCCACGAACAGCCACAAUGCAAAGGAGCUUCCUCCCGUUUUCAAAUCCACUCCUGAGAAGAAAUACCACUUAAAUCAGUCGGACAUCGAGGAGAUCCGCAGACUCCGACUCAGUGACCCCAUGACCUGGAGCCGAUGGAAACUUGCCAAACGUUUUGACUGCUCGCCAAUGUUCAUUGCUAUGGUAUGUGAAGCUAGUCCACAGAAGAGAGAGAUCCAGCGGCAAGUGCUUGAAGCAGUGCAAUCUAGAUGGGGCACAAAGCGGCGGAUGGCCAGGGAAGACCGGCAGUUGCGGAAGGAGUCUUGGGGAAGAGAUGAAUGA